AUGGCUUCCUCCCCUGGCAUAUGGUCGGCGAUCACCGCAGUUCUGCUCAUGCGCGGCCUGUUCGCCGCCUUCCCUGCGGCGUCGAGCGGCCACGUCGACGCCGGUGACAUGCUGAUGAUGAACAGGUUCCUCCAGUGGCAGGCGACGCACAACCGGUCGUACCUGAGCGCGGAGGAGCGGCUGCGGCGCUUCGAGGUGUACCGCAACAACGUGGAGUACAUCGAGGCCACCAACCGGCGCGGCGACCUCACCUACGAGCUCGGCGAGAACGAGUUCGCCGACCUCACCCAGGACGAGUUCCUGGCCAGGUACGCGUCUUCUUACUCUUACGACGGAGGAUAUCGCGGUGAUGAUGGCACGGACUCGGUCAUCACGACGACCGCCGGUGGUAGCGGCGACGGUGAUCACCUUUGGUCGUCUGGCGCUGGCGGCGACAAGCCUCCGCCUCCGCCCAGCGUGGACUGGAGGGCCAAGGGCGCCGUAGUGCCGCCCAAGUCGCAGAGCUCGUCAUGCUCGAGCUGCUGGGCGUUCGUGACGGUGGCGACGAUCGAGACGCUGCACUGGAUCAAGACGGGGAGGCUCGUGUCGCUGUCGGAGCAGCAGCUGGUGGACUGCGACCAGUACGACGGCGGCUGCAACCUGGGGUCCUACCACAGGGGCUACAAGUGGGUGGUGGAGAACGGCGGCCUCACCACGGAGGCGGAGUACCCGUACCGGGCGGUGCGAGGCCCCUGCAACCGCGCCAAGUCCGCGCGCAUCGCCGCCAAGAUCACCGGGCAGGGGGCCAUCCCGCCGAGGAACGAGCUGAUCAUGCAGCGCGCCGUGGCCGGGCAGCCGGUCGGCGUGGCCAUCGAGGUGGGCAGCGGCAUGCAGUUCUACCGGAGCGGCGUCUACUCGGGCCCCUGCGGGACGCGGCUAGCGCAUGCCGUCACCGUCGUCGGCUACGGCACCGACCCCUCCACCGGGGCCAAGUACUGGAUCGUCAAGAACUCCUGGGGACAGACUUGGGGCGAGCAAGGCUACAUCCGCAUGCGCCGCGACGUCGGCGGCCCCGGGAUAUGCGGCAUCGCGCUCGACGUCGCCUACCCGUACUAG